UGAAUGAUAGUGUCUAGAAAGGGUAUGUCCCUUCAGGAGAGAGGUGCCAAUGUCCAACCGGCCUAAUAACAAUCCAGGGGGGUCACUGCGACGUUCACAGAGGAACACUGCUGGGGCCCAGCCACAAGACGACGCAGUAGGAGGAAGGUCACACUUAGGGCAGGCAAAACAUAAGGCACAUAGCCCUCCUGAGAAUAGAAAAUCUAUUUCAAAGACACCCAAAGUGCAGUCUAAUACUACUUCUGAGCAGUCCAAGGGACACUUUUCUAAAAGAGGCUGUAGUUCAUCUGCUGUUUUAAUACCACAAGAAGAAGAUCCGGAGAGAGUCAAUACUUCAGAAAAGCAAAAAACGGGGCAAGUGCCUAAGAAAGACAAUUCUCGAGGAGUUAAACGCAGUGCUAGUCCAGAUUACAGGAGGACCAAUUCUCCUAGCUCUGCUAAAAAACCCAAAGCACUUCAACACACUGAAACUUCCUUGGAGACUAAUAAGCCACAUACUAAAACUAAGAGAAGACACUUAGACCAAGAACAGCCGAAGUCUACACAAUUGCCAUCAACAAGCAAGGCUCACACCAGAAAGGGUGGAGCUGCUGGUAGCUCCCGAAGUCAGAAAAGGAAAAGGACAGAGAGUCUGUCUUGUAUAAAGAGUGGUUCAGCAGUUGAAUCAACUGGCGCUGAAGAGAAGUCAGCAAAACUCUCCAAGCUGGCUUCAAAAUCGGUGACCUCAGCCAAAGCUGGGUGUAGCACCAUCACUGAUUCUUCUUCUUCAGCUUCUACAUCAUCCUCCUCUUCUGCUGUUGCCUCUGCUUCUUCUACUGUUCCUCAGGGUGCCAGAGUGAAACAGGGAAAGGACCAGAAUAAGGCUAGACGUUCCCGUUCUGCAUCCAGCCCCAGUCCAAGAAGGAGUAGCAGGGACAAAGAACCAAGUAAAACAAGUGGCUCUUCAAAGUUUGACUGGGCUGCUCGAUUCAGCCCAAAAGUUAGUCUGCCUAAAACAAAACUGUCUCUACCAGGCUCUUCCAAGUCAGAGACAUCAAAACCUGGACCUUCAGGACUACAGGCUAAGCUAGCAAGUCUAAGAAAAUCUACAAAGAAGCGUAGUGAGUCACCACCUGCUGAGCUCCCCAGUUUGCGGCGGAGCACACGGCAAAAGACCACGGGCUCCUGUGCUAGCACCAGUCGGCGAGGCUCUGGCCUGGGCAAAAGAGGAGCAGCUGAAGCUCGCCGACAGGAGAAGAUGGCUGAUCCUGACAACAACCAGGAUGGUGUUAACUCUUCAGCUGCACGUACAGAUGAGGCUCCCCAGGGAGCUGCAGCUUCUAGUUCUGUUGCUGGGGCUGUAGGUAUGACAACCUCUGGAGAAAGUGAGUCAGAUGAUUCUGAGAUGGGAAGACUACAAGCUCUAUUAGAGGCUAGGGGUCUUCCUCCUCACCUGUUUGGCCCUCUUGGUCCUCGGAUGUCGCAGCUCUUCCACAGGACAAUUGGAAGUGGAGCUAGUUCUAAAGCCCAACAGCUUUUACAAGGUCUCCAAGCCACUGAUGAAAGUCAGCAACUACAGGCAGUGAUUGAGAUGUGCCAGCUGUUGGUCAUGGGAAAUGAAGAAACACUGGGAGGAUUUCCAGUCAAGAGUGUUGUACCAGCUUUGAUAACGCUGCUGCAGAUGGAGCACAACUUUGACAUUAUGAACCAUGCGUGUCGGGCCUUAACAUAUAUGAUGGAAGCACUUCCCAGAUCAUCUGCUGUAGUGGUAGAUGCAAUUCCUGUCUUCUUGGAAAAGCUGCAAGUUAUUCAAUGCAUAGAUGUGGCAGAGCAGGCGCUUACAGCCCUGGAGAUGUUAUCACGCAGGCAUAGUAAAGCCAUUCUGCAGGCAGGUGGGUUGGCAGACUGUUUGCUGUAUCUGGAAUUCUUCAGUAUAAAUGCACAGAGAAAUGCACUAGCUAUUGCUGCCAACUGCUGCCAGAGUAUAACACCUGAUGAGUUUCACUUUGUGGCAGACUCUUUGCCACUGCUUACACAAAGGUUAACACAUCAGGACAAAAAGUCUGUUGAAAGCACUUGUCUCUGUUUUGCACGGCUAGUGGACAACUUCCAGCAUGAGGAGAACUUGCUCCAGCAGGUUGCUUCUAAGGACUUGUUAACAAAUAUCCAGCAACUCUUGGUAGUGACGCCUCCUAUCCUGAGCUCAGGAAUGUUCAUCAUGGUGGUGCGCAUGUUUUCCUUAAUGUGCUCCAAUUGUCCUACACUUGCAGUCCAACUUAUGAAGCAAAAUAUUGCAGAAACGCUUCACUUCCUCCUUUGUGGAGCCUCAAAUGGGAGCUGUCAAGAACAAAUUGACCUUGUUCCACGAAGUCCUCAAGAACUUUAUGAGCUUACUUCUCUUAUCUGUGAACUGAUGCCUUGCCUGCCAAAAGAGGGAAUCUUUGCUGUUGAUACUAUGCUAAAGAAAGGAAAUGCGCAAAAUACAGAUGGUGCGAUAUGGCAAUGGCGAGAUGACAGGGGCCUCUGGCAUCCCUAUAACAGGAUUGAUAGUCGAAUAAUAGAGCAAAUAAAUGAGGAUACUGGAACAGCACGUGCCAUUCAGCGAAAACCAAACCCUUUAGCCAAUACAAACACUAGUGGACAUUCAGAACUGAAGAAGGAUGAUGCUCGAGCGCAACUAAUGAAAGAGGACCCAGAACUAGCAAAAUCCUUUAUCAAAACAUUGUUUGGUGUUCUUUAUGAAGUAUAUAGUUCUUCAGCUGGACCUGCUGUUAGACACAAGUGCCUUAGAGCAAUUCUUAGGAUAAUUUAUUUUGCUGAUGCUGAACUUCUGAAGGAUGUGCUGAAAAACCAUGCUGUUUCAAGUCAUAUUGCCUCCAUGCUGUCGAGUCAAGACCUUAAGAUAGUAGUUGGAGCCCUGCAGAUGGCAGAGAUUUUAAUGCAAAAGCUACCUGACAUUUUUAGUGUUUACUUCAGAAGAGAAGGGGUGAUGCAUCAAGUGAAAAACUUAGCAGAGUCUGAGGCUUUGCUAACAAGCCCACCGAAAGUAUGCACUAAUGGAUCAGGAACGCUGGGUACCGCAACAACAAUAAGUACUGGAACAGCCAUCGCUGCCAGUAAUGCAGCUGCUGAUUUGGGCUCUCCCAGCUUACAACACAGCCGGGAGGAUUCUUUGGAUUUGAGCCCACAGGGACGACUGAGCGAUGUUCUGAAGAGAAAAAGACUGCCAAAACGAGGGCCAAGGAGACCAAAAUACUCUCCCCCAAGAGAUGAUGACAAAGUAGACAAUCAAGCUAAAAGCCCUACAACUACUCAAUCUCCUAAAUCUUCCUUCUUGGCAAGUUUAAAUCCCAAAACGUGGGGAAGAUUAAGCACACAGUCCAACAGUAAUAAUACUGAACCAGCAAGAGCAGCAGGAGUAAGUGGUCUUGCAAGGGCUGCUUCCAAGGAUACCAUUUCCAAUAACAGAGAAAAAAUUAAGGGCUGGAUUAAGGAGCAAGCCCAUAAAUUUGUAGAACGUUAUUUUAGUUCUGAAAACAUGGAUGGAAGCAAUCCUGCACUAAAUGUAUUACAGAGACUUUGCACUGCAACUGAACAACUCAACCUCCAGGUGGACGGUGGAACAGAGUGCCUUGUAGAAAUCCGUAGCAUUGUCUCGGAGUCUGACGUCUCCUCAUUUGAAAUCCAGCAUAGUGGGUUUGUUAAGCAACUGCUGCUUUAUUUGACAUCUAAAAGUGAGAAAGAUGCUGUAAGCAGGGAUAUCAGAUUGAAAAGAUUUCUUCAUGUAUUUUUUUCUUCUCCACUUCCUGGAGAAGAACCCCUUGGAAGAUUAGAGCCAUUAGAAAAUGCACCUUUGUUGGCAUUAGUCCAUAAAAUGAACAAUUGCCUCAGUCAGAUGGAACAGUUUCCUGUUAAAGUGCAUGACUUCCCAAGUGGAAAUGGAACAGGGAGCAGUUUUUCUCUUAACAGAGGAUCCCAAGCUUUAAAAUUCUUCAAUACACAUCAAUUAAAAUGCCAACUGCAAAGACAUCCAGACUGCGCUAAUGUGAAACAGUGGAAAGGUGGACCUGUGAAGAUUGAUCCUCUGGCUUUGGUACAAGCCAUUGAAAGAUAUCUUGUAGUUAGAGGCUAUGGAAGAGUUAGAGAAGAUGAUGAGGAUAGUGAUGAUGAUGGGUCAGAUGAAGAAAUAGAUGAAUCUUUGGCUGCUCAAUUCUUAAAUUCAGGGAAUGUGAGACAUAGACUGCAGUUUUACAUUGGAGAUCACUUACUGCCAUACAAUAUGACUGUGUAUCAAGCAGUUAGGCAGUACAGUUUGCAAGCUGAGGAGGAGAGGGAGUCUACAGAUGAUGAAAGCAACCCAUUAGGAAGAGCUGGGAUUUGGACAAAAACGCAUACCAUUUGGUACAAACCUGUGCGAGAGGAUGAAGAUGGUAGUAAGGACUGUGUUGGUGGUAAAAGAGGAAGAGCACAAACUGCUCCCACGAAAACCUCCCCUAGAAAUUCUAAAAAACAUGAUGAAUUGUGGCAUGACGGUGUAUGCCCUUCGGUAUUAAAUCCUCUAGAAGUUUACCUCAUAUCUACUCCACCUGAAAACAUAACAUUUGAAGAUCCCUCAUUAGACGUUAUUCUUCUUUUGAGAGUUUUACAUGCUAUCAGUCGAUACUGGUAUUACUUGUAUGAUAAUGCAAUCUGCAAGGAGAUUAUUCCAACCUCAGAGUUUAUCAACAGUAAACUGACAGCAAAAGCAAACAGGCAGCUUCAGGAUCCUUUGGUAAUUAUGACAGGAAACAUACCAACUUGGCUGACAGAACUUGGAAAAACAUGCCCAUUUUUCUUUCCAUUUGAUACCCGUCAAAUGCUGUUUUAUGUAACUGCUUUUGAUCGUGAUCGAGCCAUGCAAAGACUGCUGGAUACUAAUCCAGAAAUCAAUCAAUCAGAUUCUCAGGAUAGCAGAGUGGCACCGCGACUGGACAGGAAAAAACGCACUGUGAACAGAGAUGAGCUGUUGAAACAGGCAGAAUCUGUGAUGCAGGAUCUAGGCAGUUCAAGAGCCAUGUUGGAAAUCCAGUAUGAGAAUGAAGUUGGCACAGGCCUAGGCCCCACACUAGAGUUCUAUGCACUUGUAUCUCAGGAACUACAGAGAGCAGACUUGGGCCUUUGGAGGGGAGAAGAAGUGACUUUAGCCAAUCCAAAAGGAAGCCAGGAAGGUACCAAAUACAUCCAUAACCUUCAAGGCCUUUUUGCACUUCCUUUUGGUAGAACAGCCAAGCCAGCUCACAUUGCAAAAGUUAAAAUGAAGUUCCGCUUUCUGGGAAAACUAAUGGCCAAGGCAAUCAUGGAUUUUAGACUGGUGGACCUUCCUCUUGGACUUCCUUUUUAUAAAUGGAUGCUACGACAGGAAACUUCCUUGACAUCACAUGACUUGUUCAGUAUUGAUCCAGUAGUAGCCAAAUCAAUAUAUCACCUUGAAGAUAUUGUAAGACAAAAGAAAAGACUUGAACAGGACAAAACACAGACCAAAGAAAGUCUACAGUAUGCAUUGGAGGCUCUGACUAUGAAUGGCUGCUCAGUGGAAGAUUUAGGACUGGACUUCACACUUCCUGGGUUUCCUAAUAUAGAACUGAAAAAAGGGGGGAAAGAUACACCAGUCACCAUCCACAAUUUAGAGGAGUAUCUCAGAUUGGUUAUAUUCUGGGCACUAAAUGAAGGUGUUGCCAGACAGUUUGACUCAUUCAGAGAUGGAUUUGAAUCAGUCUUCCCCCUCAGUCAUCUUCAGUACUUCUAUCCUGAGGAGUUGGAGCAGCUCUUGUGUGGCAGCAAAACGGACACUUGGGAUGCAAAGACUUUAAUGGAAUGUUGCAGGCCAGAUCACGGUUAUACACAUGACAGUCGAGCAGUGAAGUAUCUCUUUGAAAUUCUCAGUAGCUUUGAUAGUGAGCAGCAGAGACUGUUUCUUCAGUUUGUGACGGGUAGCCCCAGACUACCUGUAGGAGGCUUUCGAAGUUUGAAUCCUCCAUUGACAAUUGUACGCAAGACAUUUGAGUCCACAGAGAAUCCGGAUGAUUUCUUGCCCUCAGUAAUGACUUGUGUGAACUAUCUCAAAUUGCCGGACUAUUCAACUAUUGAGAUAAUGCGUGAAAAACUCUUGAUAGCUGCAAGAGAAGGGCAGCAGUCAUUCCAUCUUUCCUGAUCACAAUGAAAAAUGCAAUGUCUGCCUGUUACAGCAAAAGAGAAACUCAUGAUUCUUUUCUAAAUAUAUCACCUGAGUCAAGGAAACGUGUUACGCCUUCUUGUUGUAGAAAAACGGCUUGCAGAUUAUAAACAAAGACACUUGGUUGAUAUUCAUUAAAGGCCCCUAUGGACUUAAAGUGAUCAGGCCCUAAAAGUUGUUGUGACAAGGUUUCUUUAGCAAGUUCUUGUUUAAAUUAUCAUUUAUUUGAUGAGUGAAGUUUUUAACUUGCUUUGCUGUGUGAAAUUUAAAAAGGGAUGUUUUUCCAGGCUGGAACAAUAAAUGUCGCUGUGCAGUUUAA